CAAUCUUGCGGUCUCCUUGACCACAAUCGUGGGGAAACGUCCUACCAGCAACUUCCUAUCAUCCACCGAUUUCCAAGCCAAUAAGACGGCAUGAAGAACUUGGCGCCCCAGUUCUCAGAGUUCUUCCGGUUCGAGCUACUGCGGGUGCUCGGCACGGCGCCGGUGCAAGGGUGUGAUGUUGCCGAGUGGGUGGAGGCGAGUGAGAAAAUCAAGCAAGACGAUGCCGAGAGCUGGUACAUGGCGUGGACCGAGGCAGCCGAAAAAGCCGAGGCGGCAGCGGACGAGGCGCUCCGGGCCGGCGACCAACAGGGGGCGUGCUGGGCGUUUUUGCGAGCCACCAACUACCGGCGGGCCAGCGAGUUCAUGCUCCACAUACAGCCCAAUGACCCGCGCCUCCUCGAAUCUCUGCUCAAGUCGUCAGACAACUUCAAGCGAGCAUGCUCCCUGCUCGACAGCGCCGUCGAGGUGCUGCAGAUACCAUACGAGGACACGACGCUGCCGGGGUACCUGUUCCUGCCAACAAGCGGCAGCACUGCUGCUGCUGGGUCCGCGUUGCACCAGCGGGCCAUGACGCCGCUCCUGGUGGCGACGGGGGGGUACGAUUCAACGGUGGAGGAGCUCUUCUUCGGCAUGGCGAGUGGGGCACGCGUGCGCGGAUACGCCUGUUUGGUCUUUGAAGGGCCAGGCCAGGGAAUCGUGGCGCGGCGCAUGCAAGGGCGCAAGCACCUCAGGCCGGAUUGGGAGGUGGUGAUUGGGGCCGUUCUCGACCACGCCGUACGGUUGAACCGCGAGAAGCCCCAUCUUGGGCUCGACAUGUCGCGCAUCGCCCUGGUAGGUGCGUCGAUGGGAGGCUACUUUGCCCUGCGGGGCGCAAGCGACGCUCGGGUGGGGGCCGUCAUCUCGAUCGACGGCUUUUACAAUCUGGGCGACAUGAUGGCGUCGCGCAUGCCACGCAUGCUGUGGCCCAACCGCAUCGGGGACUCGGCAUUCAACUGGCUGUUGAAUGCGGCGCAGCGCUGGCACUUUCAGACUCGCUUCGAGUUCCAGCACGCCAUGCUGGCCACGGGUGCCGACACGCCGGCCGAGGUGUAUCGGCAGCUGGCUCGCUACCGCUUGUGCGACCAGGAUACUGACGGCUCGGACCUGCUCGACCGCGUGAAGUGCCCUGCCCUCAUCACGGGGGCGCGCGAUACGCUGUACUGGUCGCUGGAAGAGAGUACCUACCGCAUUUUCGGCGCCCUCUCGCAGUUGGACGAGGCCAAGGACAAGCAGCUCUGGAUUCCUGCCGGCUGGGGGCAGGGAUCACUUCAGGCCAAGGUCGGAGCCUUCUCGCACCUCCAUUGCAAGAUGUUUUCGUGGUUGAAUCACGUUUUCGGCAUUUAGUCGUAAUUAGUCCAAUCUGAAUCUGAAUCUGGAACUUCAAUGGGAGCGGGAAUGACACCUUGUGUACGUACGCGGCGAGACUCUGGCCGUUAUCUGUUUCCAAUGCGGGACCAGGUGGCAGGUGCGGAAGCGACAAUCGCUGUUCAGUGUCCCAGCAGCUGAUUGAGAAAUGAAGGAGAGGUUGAGGUUGCAUAGGAGGACCUGAUCUUGGUUGGCCAAGAAAUCUGGCCAAAUACCUUAAUUACUGUACUGUAUUGUACGGUGCAUACUGGGGGCGGGGUUACGGA